AUCCAUUUCAUUCCCAACCAACCCCUCCUCCUUCUUUCCCUCCCUUUAUCUUUCCUCUCUCCUUUCUUCCAAGCACAGAGAAUUGAAGCUUCCUGAGCGCUCUACCAGAUUGAUAAUAAUGCAAGCUGCUGCCACAGGUCCGUUGAUCUCGCUCUCCCCCAGCUUCAACACUCACUCUUCCUCCGACAGACUCGCCCAGAUCGCCGCCCGAGUCGUUGACGAGUUCUCCCACCAAGACCACCAACUCACCGACGAGUCCGACUGGGAAACUCUAUACGAUCACCAGGAAGAAGAAAAACUCCACCACCGCCAACAAACCAGAGACGACAACGUACAGAAAGACAAGGAGGAGGAAGAGGAGGAGUUUGAGUUUUCUUUUGUCAGCAGCGGAGGAGAGCCGCACACGUCGCACGUCUCAGCCGACGAGAUUUUCUCCAACGGUCAAAUCAAACCCACCGUCUACCCUCUCUUCAACCAAGACUUAUUGUUACCUCACAACGACGUCGUAUCGUCUAAAAAUGCUAACGGCAAUGUGGAUGACGCCGUUAAGAAGCCGAAACAACGUCGUCCACCGCUCAGAAUGCUCAUGAACGAAGACGAGCGCGAAACGCCGUCCUGCUCGUCAUCCGAGGCCGACGACCUCGAGAACCUGCCACCUGACACUUACUGCGUGUGGGCCCCCCCGAAACCGUCGCCUGGACAGCGCGGCUGCAAUAAGAGCAGCUCCGCCGGCUCGUCCUCGAAGCGGUGGAAGUUUAGGAACCUUCUUUACCGGAGCAGCAGCGAAGGCAAGGACACUUUCGCCUUUUUGGCUCCCUCGUCGACCAAGACAGCCGAAAACAACAAGGGAGAUAACGUCACGCGGAAAAGAGUCGACGGCGGCGGCGGCAUGUCGGAGAAUGGAGAGCGUUAUGUCGUAAGGAGCAAGACUGCGGAGGAAGGAGAUAAACGACGGUCGUUUAUACCGUACAGGCAGGACUUUGUGGGGUUUUUCUCGAAUGUGAAUGGGCUUAGCAGGAAUUUGCAUCCAUUUUGAGUGAUCAAGUAAUUGAAAAUUAUUUAAUUUCUCCUUAGUUUUGAAUAUUUUUUUUUUUUUGGGUGUGAGUAUUUUCUCAUUUUGUAUUAGUAAUUUUUAUUAAUUUUUUGUUUUGUGAGAACUUACGAUUAGUUAAUAGUUGGGGUUAACUAAUUUAAUAUGGGAUUUCUUCACUUUAUGUAAUUAAUGGAAAUAUGUAAUAUAUCAUGAGUUAAUAUUA